UCCACCUAAGGACAAAGAGAUCUGGGUUCAGUAGAGGGGCUGUGGGAGGAGGUAGCAUUCAACCUGACAGUGUGAGUCAAGCCAAGGGACCAGUGUAAGAAAACACACAGAAGCAGGAGUUGGGGGCAUGUUCAGGGAUCAGGAAGAAGCCCAGGGUAGUUUCUGUAGGGAAGUGAGGCAGGAAAGCUAGGGUGAGGUGUUGAAUGCCAGGGUGAGGGACUGUUGGUAGCUGUCACUGAGGGGGGCUGUGCAAAGGUGGAGAGCCCAGGGACCCAACCUAAUUGCAGUGUGAAUGAUUUUGGAAGGUCCUGCCCCAAGCAGAGUUUAGAAUGCAGGCUGCAAUUCAAGCAUGGAAAUCUCCUCUUGGAUCAGGAAGUCCCACACUGGGAACUUCUUUGGGUGAGAAGUUGAGGGGUGGGGGAUGGAUGACCUGCCACAUCUUUGAGGUUUUUUCAAGAGGACAAGAUCUUGCUGGGAGACCUGCCCCUACUCUCCAAACUCCUCUCAUUUUACUUGACUUCCCCUUCAUGGCCUGUGUGUUGCGUGUUUUAGACUUCUCCACUAGCUUGACUUGUCUGACAUGAUGACCCACAUGUACCUUUGGUUACAUCCAAUUGUCACCUUGUUCCCACCCUCCCUUCCCCAAACCUGUCCCAGUAUUUCUAGAGAUGUGAGAAAGGAAAAUACUCCAGUGUCAGCUCUGAGGUCAAGGCCAGGCUUUGUGGCUGUAUUCAAGCCUCAGUCUAGGGUUAGAGUCCAGGACUCAAAUUGACCAGGGUCAGGGCCAGGUCACAGUUCAGCCUGCAGCCCAAAAGCUCAGUGUUUAGCCUACACUUAGCCUUAGUGCUCAGUCUGGGGUCAGGAUCAGUGCUCAUGUGGCUAAAUUCCAGUGGGUACUUGGCUCUGCAUUUCCCAAGAGCUCACACACUCACAGGGGAGAUGAGGUGACUACCCUGGAAGUCCCAGGAACUUGGCCUGUGACUGACGGAGGAAGUUGCAUGGCCCAAUCCAUGCCUGCUGUAGGGGUCACCCAGCAGUGGUGGAUGAGACUAGAACCCAGGUCUCCAGCCUCAAAGCCUGGGGCUCUUAUCACCGUCCCCAAAGUCUGUUUGGAGACUGAGAUCCUUCAAUUCUAAGAGGCAAAGCAAAUCCUUCUGAAUUCUGGAUGGGCCCAGCUGGGUGAUUUGACUGCAUUUUCCUACCUUCCAGUGCCGGGCACAUAGUAUGUGCUAUAGGAAUGUCUACUGAAUGUCAGGUGCAGUGGGAGGGGCCGCCGGCUGUUCUGGUUUGUGUUUCAGGCUGGAGGAGGCUAGCUUGGGAGGAAGGAUCUCCAGCCACUGCUGGAGGAAGUGGUGCCCUUCUGGACCUGCCACCUCCCCCUCCCUCCAGUGCCUGCAGCCACACUCAGAGGCCACCCAGCUGGCCAUACGAGAGCGCUUUCCUUUCAGGGUAAUAAAAGGAAAGUACAUUUUUGGUAGAAAAGUCCCUUGUGCUCCCUGGGAAUCCCCGGUGGCCGGAUGGACUGCGGGAUAUCUCAGAGGAAGCCGAGGGUGGGGGCUCUCCCCCUAGCCCCAGGACAAUGCAGGCCGGCUCUCCCACGCUUUACCAACUAGCCCAUGGGAUCCCCAGAGGUCAUCUUGUCCAGGCCUCUGCCUCCUGCAGGGGCCUCUGCCUGCAGGAAGCCUCUGCCAGCUCUCUAAUGGUUCACAGCAAGUCUGAGGAGCACCUGUCUGGAGCCCAGGCCCAGCCCUCUCUGAGACACAAUGAAAGUGGAGAGGAAACUAAACAAGAUGGGAGGGCUGUGGACGCUUGGCAGGGGGAGCUAGGGUAUCUGGAAAUAGGGCAGGAUGCUGGACUGUGGGGAUGAGGAGGAUUUAGAUUCCAGGCAGAGAAUUCCAGGCCAAAAGCCGAGAGGUGGGAGGGAAAUGAUGUGUUGGGAAGUCAAGCCCAUUUGGUAAGGACCUGACCACCAUGCUCCCCCAUGCCCUUGGCCCUGGCAGGGCAUCCGCAGGGCCUGCCCCUGGACCCCUGGCCCUCGGCCUAUCCUGGCCAUGGCGCUGUGCCUGAAGCAGGUGUUCGCCAAAGACAAGACGUUCAGGCCGCGGAAGCGCUUCGAGCCGGGCACACAGCGCUUUGAGCUGUAUAAGAAGGCGCAGGCGUCGCUCAAGUCGGGUCUGGACCUGCGCAGUGUGGUGAGGCUGCCACCGGGCGAGAACAUCGACGACUGGAUCGCCGUGCACGUGGUGGACUUCUUCAACCGCAUCAACCUCAUCUACGGUACCAUGGCCGAGCGCUGCAGCGAGAUCAGCUGCCCGGUCAUGGCCGGCGGGCCCCGCUACGAGUACCGCUGGCAGGACGAGCGCCAGUACCGGCGGCCGGCCAAGCUCUCGGCGCCUCGCUACAUGGCAUUGCUCAUGGACUGGAUUGAGGGCCUCAUCAACGACGAGGAUGUCUUUCCCACGCGCGUGGGAGUUCCCUUCCCCAAGAACUUCCAGCAGGUCUGCACCAAGAUCCUGACCCGCCUCUUCCGCGUCUUUGUGCAUGUCUACAUCCACCACUUCGACAGCAUUCUCAGCAUGGGGGCCGAGGCGCACGUCAACACCUGUUACAAGCACUUCUAUUACUUCAUCCGUGAGUUCAGCCUGGUGGACCAGCGGGAGCUGGAGCCACUGAGGGAGAUGACAGAGCGGAUCUGUCACUGAGCCCAGACCUGGACCUUGUUGCCCAUCAGAUGGACCAUCUGAACACAGAGUGGCCAGGGAGGGGACCCUCAGAAGUCUGGUAGCAGAGGGACCUGAAGGCCCUGGGGCCCCUCCACACACCCAAAGCCCCUGGACUUCUGGUUCUCAGGAGUCUGCCCACAUGUCCCCCUGACUGUUUGUGAGUGGAGUAGGGAAGAGCUUAAAGGUGGGCAGACAGGUAAAAAGGAGCAGCUAAACCCUUAGCAUGAAGUCUAGUCUGCUCUGACACUUGACCCUUCCACGGUGGUUGCCAGGCCUGUUUGGGGAACGUGGAUGUGGCUGAAGUGACGGCAAGAAAGAUGCAAGAGCAUGAGCAGCCUGUGAGUGGACACGGAUGACACGUGUGUAUCGGUGUGUACGUGUAUGAUUUUGACUGUGGGGUGUGUCUGUGAGAGCUACGUGCCUUAGACUGUUCCUGGCACAUAGUAGGCCCUCCAUAAAUGUUAGGUAAAUUGAUGGAUGGAUGGAAGGGAAGGAAGGAAGGAAGUAGGGAUUAGGGCCAUCGGACCAUGACCACUUAGGAAUGAUGACGAGUCAGUCUCCCCAUUUGGUGUGUCUGACUGUGUGUGUAAGUGCACGAACUGUGGUGGUAGAUGUGGCUCCAUGUUUGAAUCUUCCAGGCUACCAUCUUCCAUCAGCAUGAGCUCUGGGGAGCCACUGAUGGGGGGAGGUAGGAAGGGGGGCCCUGCCCUGACUAAAAUCCUGGCCCACCAUAGGUUCUGAUUUGCUCAGCUAGAGAUGCCCAGGAGCUGUCAUUUCCCCCAUCCCUCUGCCUCCAGAAGGCCUGAUUAUAGAUAGCCUCAUGGGCGUCAGGGGUGAUUCUUCAUGUCCACAAAGAUCCCCAGUCUUUAAAUCAGGAAUCAUACACUCCAGUCUAGCUUCCUGAAUCUCCAGAUGUGGUUGUGAGGAUCUGAAGCCCAGCACAAGAUCAUCCUCCAGCCCACAAAGCUAGUGAGCUUGAAUUGGGAAGCUCCGGAGCCUUAUCUCCCACCUGAGACAUUGAGGACCACAUAGCUGUGAAUGGACUCUUCCAGGCUUGGAGAGCCCCCAUCCUGCAAGUGCCUGCCUCCUUCCCAACCAUCCCUGAAAUAUUCCAGCUGGUUGGAUCUCAGAGCAUAGCUGUCCACAGAGACACUGGCCAUGCCCAGCCCUGCGCCCAGACCCACAGGUGGGGAAACUGAGGCAGGGACAAGGCCCUCCUCUCCUGGAGACUCCAGGCUGGGGGGCCAGGAUGGAGAGCCAGAAGGAAUCUGAGGAUCAUCCAGUCUCACUCAGAAUCAUCCACGUACAUGGGAGGAAACUGAAGCCAGAGGAGAGGCGGGAGAAGCUGUCCAAGGCCUCCCAGCAAAGCUUUUGUGGAGCUGGAGUGGAAACCAGGGGUUCUGACUCCCACCCCUGGCCUGUGGAUUGCUACACAGGGAGAUGAGAUGCACUCCAAAGGAGGGAGCUUCUCUCCAGGAUACAACUGUUCCUGCUUUGAGCAAGGAUUUCUAGUCUGAUGCCAGAGUACCCCACCACCCCUGUGGUCUGCUGGGGUUGUCUGCUGAGCCAAAACUCCAAAAUCAUGCCCCUCUCCAUGGCCCCGCAGCUGCCAGAUCUCUGGGGAAGCAGAUGGGGCUCCUGGGUCCAGCCAGCUGGACCUGGGACAGCUGCCUCCAGAGAAGUUCCCGAGGGAAGCACUGGCCCAGCAGCUUUGCCAGAAGCUCUGGUGUGAGGGGGGUGGUGGCGGGUGGUGUCAAAGGUUCUGCCAAGGAGGACUGUGGAUUGGAAGAUGGAGUCUAGGCUAUGGCCAGUACUGAUUAUGCGGCAGGGG